CCCAACAACACAUAAAGUAGAUAUGAUCAAUAAUAAAUGGUGGCAUGGAAUGCAACAUAUUAAUAUUCUGCACUUAAGUACACUUUUGAUGUACUUGUUUCCAUUGUCUGUUGCUUUAUAACUCCACUCCACGUUUCAGAGGGGAAUACAUUUUAUUCAGCAACAAUCAUCUGAGUGGAGUUAGUGGGAAGUCACUUUUGUCUGUAUGUGAGUCCCAAAAGUCUUAUGGCUCUGUUUAUGUAAAAACAAACGAGUGAGAAAAAAAACAAAACAAAACAAUCAUUUUAAUACACACCGGCACAUUGGCCUUUAUACAAAUAUAAUACAAAACAAAUAUUGAUACAAAUUAAUGACCCCUGAGAAAGUUCGUCAUAUGAAAACGUUAACUUUAGCUCCACUAACUAGGAUUUGAUUGUUAUCCAUUGGUGAAUGUACAGGUGAAAACAAUUCAAUAAUAUGGCGAAUCUUGUAAAAUAUUCCAUAUAAUGAUUACAUAUCAAACGGUGUAAGAGUUUGCACUGUGCACAUACAGAUGAAUACAUUUUGUUGAUGAUACUGUUAAUUGUAAUGGGGCAUUAAAGUUUGUGUAAACGAUGCAUUUGUGGGUAAAAAGGACAAAGGCCGUGACAUGAAGAAGUGAUGGAGACUUCUGUCAGCCAAUCCCCGGGCGGUGGGCGGGGUUACGCAGCGCCUCCGCUCACCUGACACCCAACGCGUUUGUGAGUCUCCUGUAGUAAUCCCGUCCUGAAUGUCGAUAGGUGUCACACUGACGGACAUUGGAGUCUACAGCAGCUGUCCUGUCAGUGUUUCCCCCUCUGAGUCUCUAUCGAUAGCCCUCUGCCACAGAGACUGCAGAAAAAGUCCUAAGGUUACUUUUACUAUUUGGGGGCAUGGAAUUUGUGCGGAAGGAAGCGAAGGAUAAUCCGUCGGCUUCAGCUAAUCUUCUCUCCAAGAUUUUCUUCUGUUGGCUGAAUCCCUUGUUCAGAAUCGGGUACAAGAGGAAGUUGGAGGAAGAUGACAUGUACAAAGUUCUCCCUGAGGAUGCAUCAGAUAGACUCGGGGAGGAGCUUCAGUGGUACUGGGACAGAGAGGUUCAACAGGCAGCAAAAGAUCUGCGCUCACCCAAACUUACCAAAGUCAUUGUUCAAUGCUACUGGAGAUCAUACUUACUCAUUGGAAUAUACAUCUUUAUAGAGGAAGUUAUCAAAGUCAUUCAGCCAGUGCUACUUGGGAAGAUAAUUGAGUACUUUGAAAGUUAUGACCCCAGCAACACAACUGCGGUUCAUGACGCCUACAGCUAUGCUGCAGGCAUCUCCCUGUCCACCAUUGGCCUGACUGUCUUUAAUCAUCUCUAUUUCUACCAUGUCCAGCGAGCAGGCAUGAAGAUUCGUGUGGCCUUGUGUCACAUGAUCUAUCGGAAGGCUCUUUGUCUUCACAGCAAAGCAUUUGGCAAAACUACCACAGGACAAAUUGUAAACCUCUUAUCCAAUGAUGUCAACAAAUUUGAUGAGGUAACCUUGUAUUUACACUUUUUGUGGCUUGGUCCUUUACAAGCAGCAACGGUGAUAUUAUUGUUGAUGUAUGCGAUUGGACCAUCAAGCCUUGCGGGAAUGGCUGUCUUCUUCAUUCUGAUGCCAGUACAAACUCUAUUCGGACGCUUGUUUUCUAUGUUAAGGGCUGAAACAGCAGUGUUAACAGAUGAAAGAAUACGCACAAUGAGUGAAGUCAUCUCUGGGAUCCGUGUUAUAAAGAUGUAUGCGUGGGAGAAGCCUUUCGCUGCCUUGGUGGACGAGGUCAGAAGAAUGGAGAUCUCGAAGAUUAUGAAAAGCUCCUACCUGCGUGGCAUGAACAUGGCGUCUUUCUUUGUGGCCAGCAAGAUCAUCAUUUUCAUCACCGUCUGUGUCUACAUACUGACAGGAAAUGAGUUGUCUGCUAGCAGAGUCUUUAUGGCCAUUUCCCUCUACGGGGCGGUCAGACUCACCAUCACACUCUUUUUUCCUUUUGCCAUAGAAAAGGGCUCUGAGUCUCUCAUCAGCAUUAGAAGGAUUAAAAAUUUCCUUUUGCUGGAUGAAGUUGCUCCUCAGCAUCACAUGCUGCCUGUGGCAGAAAAGGACUGUGUGGUGAUGAUUCAGGAUUUGAUAUGUUACUGGGAUAAGAUGCUAGAGGCUCCAACUUUACAGAACGUGUCUUUCACAGUGAAGCCAGAGCAGCUCCUGGCAGUCAUUGGUCCUGUUGGGGCUGGAAAGUCCUCCCUCCUCAAUGCCAUCCUUGGAGAACUGAGUCAGGAAAGCGGUGUGAUCAAGGUCAGAGGACAGCUGACAUACACGUGUCAGCAGCCCUGGAUUUUACCUGGAACAAUUCGAAGCAACAUCCUCUUUGGUAAAACGCUCAACUCUGAGAAGUAUGAUGAAGUUCUGAGAGCCUGCGCCCUCAAGAGAGACAUGGAGCUGUUGCCAGGUGGUGACUUAGCAAUGGUCGGGGACAAAGGGGCCAAUCUGAGUGGAGGCCAGAAGGCAAGAGUCAGUUUAGCAAGAGCAGUGUAUCAUGAUGCUGAUAUCUACCUGUUGGAUGACCCUCUCAGUGCUGUGGAUGCUGAAGUGGGAAGGCACCUCUUCGAAGAGUGCAUUUGUGGACUUUUGAGGAAGAAGCCUCGUAUCCUGGUUACUCACCAGCUACAGUAUCUGAAGGCUGCAGACGAAAUCGUUGUCUUGAAGGAGGGUCAGAUGGUGGCUCGAGGGACCUACAGUGAGUUGCAGGGCUCAGGACUAGACUUCACCUCCCUGCUUAAGGAGGAGGAGGGUCCAGAGGAGGAGAGACAGGGCAUGACCCCAGUCCCUGUCUCCCGCUGUCCCCAUACACUUUCUGACAACUCGGUGUCCUCCAUGUCCUCCCUCUCCUCCUCUCGGUACUCUUUGAUUGAGGGAGUAGAGCCACAUACUGCGGUAGUGCACUCAAUGGAGGAAGAAAGCCGCUCUGAAGGAAACAUCCGCCUGCGUAUGUAUGUGAAGUAUUUUAGGGCAGGCGCUAACUUCCUGGUCCUCUUGGUCCUCCUUUUACUCAAUGCCCUAGCACAUAUCACAUUUGUUCUACAGGACUGGUGGCUUGCUUGCUGGGCCUCUGAACAGAAGCACAUCAAUGUGACGGAGCACCUCAAUGGCACCUUCACUCUGCAGCUGGACCUUGACCUGUACCUAGGUGUUUACGCAGGCUUAACAGCUGCUUCAGUGCUAUUUGGCUUCCUUCGUAGCUUACUCUUCUUUAAUGUCCUGGUGAGCUCGGCCCAAACCCUGCACAACGGCAUGUUUGAUGCCAUCCUCCGGACACCAGUACACUUUUUUGAUAUCAACCCGACUGGAAGAAUCCUCAACAGGUUUUCAAAGGACAUCGGUUACCUGGACUCUGUGCUCCCAUGGACGUUUGUGGACUUUAUCCAGGUAUUCCUCCAAGUCAUUGGAGUGAUUGCAGUAUCUGCCAUCAUCAUCCCCUGGAUCCUCAUUCCUGUUGCUCCCCUUCUUGCUGUCUUCCUGUUCCUGCGAUGCUAUUUCCUACAGACCUCCAGGGACAUCAAGCGACUAGAGUCUACGACUCGGAGUCCAGUAUUCUCCCACCUUUCGUCCUCUCUGCAAGGCCUGAGCACCAUCCGUGCCUUCAAGGUUCAGCAGAGGUUUCAGCAGAUGUUUGAUCAGUAUCAAGAUCUUCAUUCAGAGGCCUGGUUCUUAUUCCUGAGCACUUCUCGCUGGUUUGCUGUGCGUCUUGAUGGAAUAUGCUCGGUUUUUGUCACCAUUACCGCUUUUGGCUGCCUUUACCUCAGGGAUGGACUGGAGCCCGGUGCAGUGGGUCUGGCUCUGUCUUAUGCUGUGACGCUUACUGGCAUGUUCCAGUGGGGUGUCAGACAGAGCGCAGAGAUUGAGAACAUGAUGACAUCGGUGGAGAGAGUGGUUGAGUAUGCAGAGCUGGAGAGUGAAGCACCGUGGGAAACCGACAAACAGCCUCCGCAUGACUGGCCCAAUGCGGGCUCCAUCACCUUUGACAGAGUCAACUUCUCCUACAGUGCCAGUGAGCCUUUGGUCCUAAAGAACCUGACUGUGGUCUUCAUGCCCAGAGAAAAGGUGGGCAUCGUUGGACGCACCGGUGCUGGUAAAAGCUCCCUGGUCUCUGCUUUGUUCCGGCUGGCAGAACCCGAGGGAAGGAUAAUGAUUGAUGGUUUUCUGACUUCUGAGAUUGGUCUGCACACCCUGCGCCAGAAAAUAUCCAUCAUCCCACAGGACCCAGUUCUCUUCACGGGCACCGUGAGGAAGAAUCUGGACCCUUUCAGGCAGCACACAGAUGAGGACCUGUGGAAUGCACUCCAAGAGGUGCAGAUGAAGGCCGUGGUGGAGGACCUUCCCCGUAAACUGGAGACGGUGCUCAGUGAGUCAGGCUCUAACUUCAGUGUGGGCCAGAAGCAGCUGGUGUGUCUGGCCAGGGCCAUUCUCCGGAAAAACCGCAUCCUUAUCAUUGAUGAGGCCACAGCCAAUGUGGACCCGAGAACUGACAGCCUCAUCCAGCAGACUAUCCGGGACAAGUUUCAAGAGUGUACAGUCCUCACCAUUGCUCACAGGCUUGACACUAUCAUUGACUGUGAUAGAAUACUGGUUCUGGCUGCUGGCAGGAUCCAGGAGUAUGACCAGCCAUACAUGCUGCUCCAGAACCAGGAUGGGCUCUUUUACCAGAUGGUCCAACAGACAGGCAGAGCUGAGGCCGCCUCACUGCUGCACACAGCCAAACAGGUUUACAUGAACAAAAAGCGUGUAACAGACGUGCGCUGUGCCAAGGACAUCCAUGUCAUCUUUGAGACGUCUCUUUGACAGUUUGGAGAGUCGCCGUGGCCCCCUCGCGCUUGCCAUCACUGACCAAGUCUUUUACCGCAUCUUCCUAGACUCCUCACUGUGCAUUAAAACAUCUUUAGACUCCCAUCAGGCUGAAUGUAGCGUGUGCUGCAUUUGAUUGGCACAGUCCUUUGCUUCGGAACAGAAAAGAAGCAAGUAUGUGAGGCAGGAUGUGCCUUCAUCGACAGCAUAUUACUGCAUGGCUUUUUAUUGAUUACACCCGGCUAUGUUUAUGUAUGUGCAUUCUAGCCUCUUGGGUGACUUCAAUCCUGCACUGGUGCUCAAUAGAGAGCACAUAUUGGAGGAGUUAAUCUUGGUGCAAUAAAUUAUUGGUGACUUAAAUUAAUCUUUUAAGGUAAACAUUGUUUUGUGGGACUGUGGUGUUUUCUUUAUCUGUGAAAUGCUUGGAAAGACAAGGAUAACCUGAGACACCAGCGUUUGCAGAAAUCAUUGUGCCUUAAUCAGACUAUUGAUUUGUUUUUUUUUGUUUUUUUUUUGUAAUUGCACUGUUUUAACUGAGUAGUCUUUCCGGCACUUUUAUGAUAGUGGGUUUUUUUGUCUACCUCAGCUCUUGUCAGGAAAGAGAAGUAAAGUGUAAAUGCAACAUGUCAUGCAGUGAAAAUGUUAAUAAAACAUCAAGAAAGUGGGGACUGAACUUUUAGGCUUGUUGCCUCUGAAAAUAUCAACUUUCUCUCUUUUGAUAAACGGGUUGCUGUUGCUUUUACUGGAAUUAAUAUGACAUUUAGUGUGACUAUUUAUAUAUUUAUAGUGUAUUUAUUUAGACUGUUUUGUAUAUCUUUGUGUACGAGUUUUGUUGAAGACAAUAUUUGAUAGAGUUUGUAAUUUAGAAUUGUUUAGUGAUUAAUAAGUGAUACCAAUCAUCACUUAUAAUUUCCAGCAAAUGAAAUUCAGCUGACUUGUAAUAAAACAGUAUUGCUUGGAUGUUUCAGUACUGUCUUCAUUUUGUGUUUAAAACUUGUGUUACACUGACUCACUAACCAUUUCCUCCCGCUGUUGCUCAUCCUAUAUUCACAUGUCUGAAUGGUGUGUUUGCUUCAGGUCAGUGGUUACAACUGGUCUUGACCAAGAUGCUACAAAUUGGUAAGUGGUGAGGGAAAACAACCUAAUGAUUACUUUGUUGAGUCAAGUGAUUUUUAAAUUCGGUUUCAUGGCAGUAAAAUGCUGUAGCUAUUACUGUAAGAUAUUGUUGGUGCAGUGUGACGAUUAGGCUCCAUUUGAAAUGUCAUUUUGUCAUCCCCAGCUCUUUAAGAGCUUUUUAAUUCGCCUUCAUAUGGACAAGAGCAGAGCCGGUGAUUACACAUUCAGAGAUGGCUGUCAGUAAACAUUUAGCUUGCUAUAAAAGGCAGUAUUUAACCAGGCCCACAUUUGGGUCGUGAACCGCGGGACAUCAGCCCCUUUAAAAGCUGAGUGAUUUACACAAUUCAUUAAAGCCAGUGAAUCUUCAGCCAGCGUCAUAUUAAAUGGUUACUUACUCUCAAAAAGCCCCCUGGGAGUUGAAUUGUUGGCUUGCAAAUAGAUUAAAGUUUACAUUGAAAAGAAAAAUUGAAUUCAGAGGUAAUCAAUAGCAUAAUGGGCCAGUGAGGGGAGCCUGCUGCCUGAAAUGAAAUUACCAUAUUUUUAAUCUUAAUUUUCCACUCUGUUUAUCUGACAGUGUGGAUGUGCAAUCCAAACAGAUAAUGAGAGAGUGGGAUAUUGACAGUGGGGUCCUCUGGAGUGCUUGUUUCAGUGAUUAAAUGCUGUGAUCUGUGAUUACUUUGUGUCGGGUGUCAGGCUGGCGGCCAGGGCCCGGGGAGACACAGGCACAUGGCAGCUGGAGCAUCAUGGGUCUCUGAGGUGCUAAUGCACCUGACACAGCAUUGACAGCAUUCGAAACCCUAUCAGGGACUGCACCACACGGCAGCUGCCACAAUACGCAUACUCGUGGCACUAUCUACAUCAGAGUCAGCAUAUAUCCUCUCUGCUCUCCCCUCGAUAACAGCCGACAUAAGAAUGGUGACAACAAAGUUUGCACAAUAAGUAUUAUUAACCAGAUACCUUCCUAUGUUGGCCAAUAAUGGCACCAUUUCAAGACAUAUCUGAAUAGGUGUGCAAAUAGCAGAGCUGUCAAUGUAGUGCUGAUAUAGCUUUAAUAAAUAAAUGUCUGAGAAACCUGGCUGUCCACACAAUGAAGUUUAAUCCCAAAUAAAUAAAACACAAAAUAAGAGUCAGCACAAUGUGGAGGCAGUGAAUGAGAUGAUGAAUUCACACUGUCGUCCAUCCACACUUUAAGAGAGGAAGGAUACGUUGGUGCUGAUUUGAGGAUGUGAUACUGUUCGGUUAAAGAUGUUUUAUUGUGAGUUGAGAGAAUAAUGUAACAAGUAUCCAUAACAGCUGAAAGUGGUGCAAAUUGUUUAAGGUUGUGUUGUUAUGGGCCGAUAAAUAACUAGUCUCAAGGCCAUUUUGGGUUGAGGAGACAAUGUUUUUCACAAACUUUGUGUUGUGCCAGCAUUUUCUUUUGUGAUGCAUACUGCUGUUUGACAAAUGGAAACAAAUUGCACGGUGCAGGCGCCUGAAUGGCAGGGAGUCGGGGAGUGUCAAACUCGGUGCUGAAAGACGAUGAAGCGAGAGCCUCAGGUUUUUGUGGGCGACUCAGACCUGACUGAUCCCAGCAUAAAGUACUUGUUGAAGAGAGGGAGAAAAGGAGAACAGGAUUUCGACAGGCUGCAGUGAAAUUAGGAGAAUUGACUAUGGCGGCUUUGUUCCUAGCUGGUGACAUGGGGUGGGGGAGAUGGGGAGACUGGAGCGAUUCCCCAGAGACUCUGCGCUCAGCCUUUCUAAAGUGACUACAAACUGAAUAUCUGACAAGUUCCCAAGACCUGACAUGACUCUGAGCAGAGCUAAGAAAAACAAACAACAAAUGGCACGUUUUUAAGCUACGUGUGGUGACACUGGAUGCAGUGUGUUAGAAAAUGGCUUUUUUAUCUCGUUAAAAAUAGGUCCUCAAUUUGGAAUAUGAUGGUGCUAUAUUUUCUACAUUGUGGCAACAACCUAGUUAGACCUAGUUUUUCCUUUGACAGACUUUGUGGA